AUGAGUUUCUCUUUCUCAAGGCAUGAUUGUUGUGAUAUGGAGGAUGAGAUUGAAGCAUGUAAGUUUCCAAGACUUGGGAAUGUUGUGAACGAGAAUUUAGGUUCGGGUAGAAGGAAGAAUGUUGUUGGAAGUGAUUUUCAGAGAUGGCAGCGGGAAGAAGAAAACUCAUCGAGAAUCGUUAGAGUGUCGAGAGGGUCGGGUGGAAAAGAUAGGCACAGUAAAGUAAUGACUUCCAAGGGUUUGAGAGAUAGAAGAGUUAGGCUUUCGGUUACAACGGCGAUUCAGUUCUAUGAUCUUCAAGAUAGACUUGGUUAUGAUCAACCGAGUAAAGCUGUUGAUUGGUUGAUUAAAGCUGCUUCGGAUUCUAUCUCGGAGCUACCUUCUCUCAAUAACGCGUUUGCGUUCACUCAAAUUGAUGACAAGAGUGAUGAGAAAACAAGAGAACACGAGUUUGAGUUUGAGUUUGAGUUUGAUGAGAGACAGAACAAGAGCCUUUGUUUGUCUAAGUCUAAGUCUGCUUGUAGCAGCACUUCUGAGACAAGUAAAGAAAAUGACUCUAGCAUUGCACAUCAAAAUCAACAUCAUCUUCAACUUGGUCAAAGCAUGUCUCAAACAGCUUCUUUUACUGAGUUACUCACUGCCGGAAUUGGUCAUAAUAAUCAGAUUCAUCAUGCUGGUUUCUCAGGACAUUCCCCAUUUGCUAGUGAAAAUGAAAACCAGUCAGAUAUGAUUCACCUGCAGCAUUUUCCAUUCAUGUCUGACCAACAUCUUAUGCAACCAUCUGUGGUUAAUUCUUCUUCAUCCUCGUCUUCUCAUCAUGAUAAUUACAAUCUCAACUUCACCAUAUCCUCUUCGGGCCUUGUUGGUUACAAUAGGGGGACCCUUCAGUCCAAUUCACUUUUGCCUCACUUCCACAGGUUUUCAACUAUGGAUCAUGGAUCAUCAACAACAACAUCAUCAUCCAAUAAUUUACCUACUUUCUUCACAGGACCUCCUGUUCCUCAUCCUCCUCUUGCUGCUACUCCAUCCAUGGAUCAACAACUUCAUUUCUCACCUCUCUUUGACGCUCGCUUGCAACUUUUCUAUCGCGAUGGUAGCCACCAUUCAGAUCAGAAGGACAACAAAUGCAAUAAGAACUAA